AGCCUCUCUCAAAGCAGCCCUUCAGAUUCAUUGUAAUCACCCAUCCGAGCUCUUCUUCUCCUCCUAUCAUUUGGUAUUACUCAAUCUCUACCGCCAAUCCCUUGACAAUGCCUCCUACCACCAUCCACACACCGCCAGCCCUCGAUUCCUUCACAUCUCUUACCGAGCAUCAGUCUCAAACCCCCGCAAGUUUCUACAGCGCCAAGCCGGUUCUCCAUUAUCAUGCUGUGGGUGUACGCGCGCUUGCAUCCCGCAAUCAUGUCUCGAAGCUUCCAGUAUUCCCCCAGAUCGCGGAUGGCCAGGCGGCACCCCAAGAGGCUGGCGGGGCGGGUACAGAUACCGAGGGCGAUGCCAGCGGUGCCGCGGCUGUAGCAGUGGUAGAAGCUUUUGUCAACUCCGAGAAUCUGACCCUCUUCAACCGCACCACCUCUACCGGCGUUUCAAUCCCCUACCCAGCGAUCUCCCUCCAUGCGAUCCAAAGACUUGACGACCCUGCAAACCCGUCUCAGCAAGUUCAAGGACUAUACAUGCAACUGGAGUUGUCAGAUCCAUUUGAAGCCGAUGAAGAUGAUGAUGCCGAUGUUGUCGAACUGACCUUGAUUCCGGAAUCCCCUGCUGCGGAGGGAACCCCGACAACAUCAGAAGUGCAGACCAUGUUUGAAGCAGUUUCUAAUUGUUCCAACCUCCACCCGGACCCCGCGUUUGAAGAGGACACGGAGAUGGAGGAGAGCGGGGGCGAUAGUAGGAUCAUCUUCGAGGGGAAUGUGGGGUAUGAAGGGAUUAGCGGACUUCCUGGAGUCCAGAGAGGUGCUACAGAUGGUGGCCUCCCUCCACCAUUUCCUGGCAGUGGCGGGUGGAUUACCGCCGAAAACGUGUCAGAAUACUUUGAUGCGGAAGGGAAUUGGAUUGGCGGGGGUGAGGCUUUAGGAGAAGGCGCUGGCAGAGUAAGAACACGGGACGAGGCUGACGGAGACGGGGUCAACGGACAUGGCGAGGAAGAAACCGAUGAUAAUAAACGUCCUCGGACGGACUAACGCCCUGAUUGAUUUUGACCGUCUUAUAUGCUAUGGGCUCAAUCUUACAAGUGUCUGACACAGGCAUACAAGGACGAGACUUCAAUGACAUUGGAUAUGCGGGAUCGUAGUCAGAGCACAACCCCAGCCUAAGGUGCCGUGCUGUGCGACAACUUGCAUCGCGCUGAAAUCAAAGCUAGCAAGAGGAAGAGAUAGAAACGACGGCAAUGGGGUAUCGUAUCACAAAAGCUUGGCAUUAUGGGGAAAUCCCGAUUACUCUCAACAGUCGUCAAGCAUUCGAACUGGCCAUGAUUGAUUCCCUGCAGCCUUACCAUUAGUCAAUCAAGAGAAACCAACCUAACCCG